AUGAAUUUCAUUCGGAAGAAGCAGACCGAGGACAUGCGCAAGUCCAUGUUCAAGGUGCUGGACGCCAAAAAGGAUGUCCCGACCCGUGUCAAACACCUGAGGCACGUUCUCGACACUUCCGACCCGUCGGAGCUCAAGCUGUUUUUUGUUUCUCAAUACAGCCAUAUUUAUAACGUGUUCUUCGAUGCAUUCAUGUUGGCUGAGUCCAACCUGAAGCAGAAGGACCGUAUCACACGGCAGCAACGCGAAGACCUCGACUCCGUCCUUUAUCUCCUCGAAAAGAUCCUCGUGUUCUUGCCCGAGCUACUCCAUCAAAAAUGGCAGCUCCGCAGCUUGGAAUAUGUCUUAGGCUGCCUCUUGCAUCCACAGAAUGUCUUGAGGGUGCGGAAAGAAGCCGUCCGCCUCUUCCUCUUGUGGUACCAGAUCUUGGGCUCAUCAGCCAGUGAAGUACAUCAUGCAACGUUUGCAAACCUUGUCCCUGGUCUUCAGCCACCUGCCAUCGAGCAGCAAGGAUUCUUUUCCUUCUCGGUGGUCGAUACCAGCUGGGGGGAGAAUCGUGGACCUGAGACAGCCCUUGUGUCUGGAGUUGACAUCUCUCCCAUCAUCCCAGCCCAGUCAAUGGAACUUGGCAUGAAUGAGAUCAUGUGCAUGUUUUUUGAGUAUUUCCUCAACUUCAUAGUGACAGAAGUGUGUCGCAUCCAGUGGCAAGAGAAUCAGGAGAGCCAGUCGCAUGAGGCAUUUGCGUUCCUUUUUGACCAGUUCAAAAAAUACUACCUGAUUCGCAUAUUUCCCAACUUUUCGACCAGUACGAACUUGUACAGUCCAAAGCUGGACUUGUAUGAACCGCGAUCUCUGCGAGGACCUCUGGGAUCUGACCCAUUAGAGCAGCUCAAGGUCAUCUUCAUCAGGUGGCUAUGCAUUUUCACACACUAUGAAGCAGAGACCGCAAACCGGUCGAAUUCAAUUCCAUAUCAGGAAACGAGGAGGCGUUCCAGUGCUAUGACUUUCCAACCUUCAUCUGGCUCUGAAUCAGACACCACUGUCCCUUCAGAAAUAGGUUCAACAUCAUCAAAUGUGAGCAUGACUUCAUAUUCCAGUGCAGCGACUGGCACUACCAUUGCCCCCUCUUCUCGGCAUCCCUCUGUAUCCCUCAUGUUCUACUCCUGGGGGGAGGAGCACAGCUCAGAGGAGCAUCGAGUAGUGCGUGAUGUCUUAUUCGCCUCCCGGGAAAAUGUCAAUCUCAUUCAUGAGAUAUUUCGCUUGGGAUUUUUCAUUGGACCAAGCCAGGCCCUUUCCAUUCGGGUGAUCAUAUCUGUUUAUCGAGACUGGAUCAUGCAGCUGGAGCAACCCCCAUUUAUUCAAGAACCGGAUCCAGGAGGUGGAAAGAAGCAAUUGCAACGAAAGAGGUCCAAUUCUAUCUCUGAUGACAAAAGCACAGUGAAAGCAGGACUGCAGAAUCUCCUCCAGCUCUUCAUUACACAUUCCUCAUGCAUUUUUCUCAUGGAUAUCAACGAAGUCUACGUGGAGCUGCUGGAAGACCAGGUAGACCUGUGCAAGCGAGUCCUCAAUAUAUAUCGGUUCAUGGUCAUGAACACAUUCAUGAACCAGCGGACAUGGGAGCAACUCCUCAACGUUCUCCUUCACAUCACAUCCUCAUGCCUUAAGGAAGUGCCCCCCACCCGUAAGAAGGACACUUUGGGAGGUCGUCUGGCUGCACCGCUGUUUCAGACCCUCAUUGUGACGUGGAUUCGUGCUAACCUCAAUGUUAUGGUAUCCAGCCACCUCUGGGAUCAGUUCCUAGCUAUUAUUGCAUCACUGGUGGAAUGGGAAGAACUGAUUCUUGAAUGGAGUAAGACCAUUGAGACCCUGACACGAGUUUUGGCAAGGCAUGUCUACGGUCUUGACAUGAAUGACCUUCCUUUGGACCGACUGACUGAACUCAGGACAAAGAAGAGGCUGAGGGGGGCUGGAGGCACCAACAAUGAUUCCUUUCGGGGCCGGUCAACAACCACAGCCAGCACAUCGGCUACAUCAGAAACAAGCUCGACACCAAAAGUGCAGGGCCCACUACACCAUGUGCGUCAUCACACCAGUAUCGAUGACUCUCACACGAGAGCAAGCCCUGGUCCAAGCAGCAUCCUGAAAGGCGCUUUGAAACGGAGCCUAAGUGAUGGAGCAUUAAUAGUGAAGCAUAAGUCAUUCACAGAUUACCCUGAGCGGGGCCAUCAUGCUCGACGACCUAGAUCUUAUGAUUCCUUGACCAGGUUCAGUUUGCGAUGGGAAGACCAAUCGAGCAGAUCCCCUUCUCCAGCGCCUUCAUCAGGAAUCGACUCUUCAUCCAUCCGAGAUGCUCCGAUUCAGAUUGAACUCAGAGAUGACUCAUCGGUUGACCAACCCAGUCUAGAGAUUGGGGAUACCAUCGAAGAACCCCGCUCGGUCAUGGCCGGAGGCAACAAUGUUGGCUGGACCCCAGAUGCGACCGUGGUGCUAUGGCGACGUCUCCUCGGCUGUCUGAUGGAUUCGAAUCUCAUGGCACGCCCCGAAUUACACGCUCGCUUCCUCGAGUGCCUCGUCGAUGUUGCCGACACCCUGCUGAAGAUUCGUCAGAAUCUUGGCAUAUCUGAAGACAAUCAGUCCUCACCUCCUCCACCAAAGCUUGUACCUCCUCUCCUUAUGCUCAUCCCGUGGUGCUUUCAUGCCAUCACAUUACCGACUUCAUAUCAGAAAGGCAAACUGCUGGCAUUGAAGCUUAUAUGUGUGAUUACACUUCAGCAAAAAGAUGUUCCUCUUACCAAAGAGCAUUUGACUCAGUUUUAUCGAACCCUUCACUAUGGCCUUAUUGCAACUGAACAAGAGACUAUCAACACAAUAGUAAAGUACACAGGGCCUUCAUAUUUCAGCACUUGCUUGCCUGGCUAUACAUUACUGUUGUUGGAUUUUAUUUAUGCUGCAAAUACCAUUGCUGCUGCUUCUCAGACUCAAGGGAUGCCUCGUACAGAAGCCGUUGGCAUCCUUGGAGUCCUGCUGAAUCACCCAACUGAUCUCUUGGAGAUCCCAACUCUGACUCCCAGUGCAUCUCAGCUGGAACUCAUGCACUGCACUCAGGUCAAAGAUCAUCUCAUUAGUGUCUUAUUGAAAUCUGGAAAGCGUGAACCAGCAGCAUGUGCAAGAUGUAUUGCAUUAUGCAGCUUGGCUAUGUUUGUAUACGAAGAUCUGCUGCACAGAACACCCCAUGUGAAGUCUCCAGAGAUAAUAUCAGUUCUGUUGCAGGCUAUCAGGUUUCAAGACAAAGCAAUUGCUCAAGUUGCUGUUGAUCUUGUCCUUCUCCUCUGUGACCGAUCUCAUCGACUUGAAGAUUGCUUCCCAAAUAUUGUAUGGAAGAUCUUGGAAAGUUUAUGUGAAGCUGUUGAGGCUGUUUUAUCAUCUCCAAGCUUGAACACAACUGACAGUCACUUUGUGACAUCACUCUUCCUAUGUCUUGGAGAGUGGACCAUGCAAAUUCCACCUGAAAAGCUACUAUCAGCUGAAACUCCAAGAGGACUCUCUCUUCUGCAAGUUAUCUUUCGUGUGCUGACUGUAGCUGCUGAAGGCCUCAUCACUCCGCUUCGGCGUGCAAAGAAUCGUGCAGAAGGAGGUGAGGGCAGCGACUUUAUUCCAACGGUCCAGGUGAAUGACCUCCAAGAGGGAUUGAUGGGGUCGCCAACGAGGUCUCUCCCGAAGCAGGACUCGGGUAUUAGCUCACCAGCAGUGGACUUGUUCUGGCUGAAAAAUCCUGGUGAGAAGGCAAACAUUCAACUAGCAGCUCGAGCAGUGAUGAAUCACUUGGUCCUUCACUUGGGCCAUUUUCCAAUGGGCCUUGGAGCAGCUCAACUUGGGUCCUUGGUUGUGGAAACGGAUGACAUCCCAGGAAUGGCUGCUCCACACGAACUUCACCCAGACAUCUUCACAUUACCCAAUGUCCAAUUCUUUGCCAUCAGCGACAGCUGUCUCGUGUCCUUCGUGCAGCUUCCACUCUUGGAAUCUCCAGGGGGGGGUGUGACAGCAGGCUUGCUGACUCCCAAGAGCCAGGUGAGGGUUAUCUGUCGCGACAUGGCCGGGAAGAGCGCCUGGGAUGCCACGCUCCUCUUCCGCCUUCCUGUCGAGGAGAGAGAUGGGACCCUGUCGAUGGACAGUGGGUUUCCAGGCGAAGAACACUGCGAAUCUCUGUCAGUGGCAAGCCUUCAUCCAUCCACUCUGUCCCAUGCCCUGCCACGAUGCACCGUGCGUCGUCGGCCGUCAGGAGUCUUGCCAUUAUUCCAAGAGACAGAAAAUGACAUGGACAAUCUGGAUGACAUCCUGCAGUUUGUUGGAACUCGAGGGCCUGAAGUUUGUACUGGCACCCCACUCAAUGAACAAAGCCCCAAGCCAACUUCUCUGCCCCAGACAUUACAGGAAGAAGCGAUGUCCACAAUCUUGAGCCAGAGGACUCAGGUGACGGAGCAGAUUGGCAAGACCAGUGUUGAAUGCCAAGGAAUGGGUUGGGUUCAUCCUCUCUCCCCUGUUGAUCUUCCUUCACCUUUUUAUCUCUGUCAUAUGCUGUUUUGGCAGCUGGGAUUUGGAACCUGGGAAAGACGAAGUCAGGUAAAACUGCUGAACAAGACCGAGCGGCUCCUGCGGGAGAUCAAGAAUCUCGAUGGGCAGAGAUGCCGUGACAAGCACAAGAUUGCUGUUAUAUAUGUUGCUGAAGGGCAAGAGGACAAGAGUUCCAUCCUGCGUAACAGCGGGGGCUCCCAGUCGUACGAAGAGUUUCUCUCGGGACUCGGGUGGGAAGUGGAGCUUGCAUCUCACGUUGGGUUCACUGGAGGACUUCAACGAGCCAAUCGGUCCACGGGGGAAACCGCUCCGUAUCAUGCAACAUCCUUCACCGAAGUCCUGUUUCAUGUUGCCACUCGAAUGUCAUCAAACAGUGAAGAUGCUCUGCUGCAGAAGACUCGCCACCUGGGCAACGAUGAAGUCCACAUCGUCUGGUCCGAGCACACCCGAGACUACCGAAGGGGCAUCAUCGCAACCGAGUUCUGCGACGUCCUCAUCGGCAUAUACCCCCUCCCGAAUUCUCUCUACCGGAUUCAAAUAUCUCGUAAGCCCGAGGUCCCCUUCUUUGGGCCAUUGUUUGAUGGAGCCAUCGUGCACUGGAAGGUGCUACCUGGGCUCGUGAGGUCCACAGCAAUCAAUGCCUCUAGGGCCAAGAGAUCGACUCUGCCUCACUACAUGCACUUCUACACAGAGAGGGCACGCGCCUUGGAGUCGAUCCUGAAGCAACACGUGUGUGAUACGUCAUUCGAAGAAUUUGCGGGAAAUAUUUUCAGUCCAGUCCAGUUGCCCUCGCCAUUUCAGCCCAGCUCGAUGGGACAUCGGCCUCAUUCCAUCACCGUGGCAUCGAGAAUGGCGAGAAAGAAAGCCCUGAGAUCAUCGGGGAAGGAAAGCGUUCCACAACCCGCGAAAGGGCCGGUACAGUCGGCUGCCGAUGGCCGGGUUCUGGUCAGCGUUCGUGCGAAACCGGGUGCAAAUGUAAGCCAAGUGACCGAGGUGACGGAUUCGGAGGUGCACGUUGCCGUGGCGGCACCUCCGGUGGAGGGCGAAGCGAAUCUGGAACUGAUGCGCUUCCUCGCGAGGACGCUCGGUGUGAGAAAGACGGACGUUUCAAACAAGGUGCUGACCCUGGAACUCCUCCUCUCUCAUUACUAAGCCUGUUGUGGCAGUGAAAGAAUCUUUGCCGGGACACAGUCCGACUCCUCGGGCGAUUCGUGAAUCUGCCGAGAUGGCAACGUGACCGGCACCCAGUGUAGUAAAUUCUCUCCCCUUACAUCAUAGCUUUUUACUGCAUAAUAAAACUUCAUCUCCGAAAUUU